CAGGCGGAAGGACAACCCGAGAACCACGAUGAACCGAAGCACGACCACGACGACCACAUGCUGGUAUGAGAUCCUUGGGUUGCCCCAGCUCUCGGACACCGAUGCGGUCAAGAAGGCGUUCCGUCAGAUGUCGCUGAAGCAUCAUCCAGACAAGGGCGGCGACGUGGACAAGUUUCACGAGUUGCAGCAAGCCAGUCAGUACCUCUUAGAUCCUGCCCAGAAGAAAAGAGUACGAUGCCAAGAUCUCCCAAGUGACGAUGGCGGAUCUGCAGAGAAAGCAGCGAGAAGAGAAGAUGGGGGCGGAACGCAAGCGGAUGGCGGACGACCUGCUUCGACGGGAAACCCAAGAACUCAAGCGACCCAAGCACGUCAUCAACGAUCUCAAAGCGAAAGCCAGGAAGCACGUCGAGGACAUGCAGGUUAAACGAGCACAACAGGCCCAAGAACGCGCGCAUUUGCUUGGAAAGGACGUCAAACGCGGGGACAUCAAGCAACGCACGAUUCGCGUGUCGUGGAGCAACAGCAAGGGUUCGCACUCGGACGAAACACUCGUCGCGGCGUUCCGCGAGUACGGCGAGAUCGAACUCGUCAAGAUGAAAGGUCCGGACUCGGCGCGGAUUAUAUUCGUGAAUGCGCUGUCGGCGACCCAAGCCGCUCGUAUUGAAGGACACAACGACAUCACGUGGAGAAAGGUCACGUUGGUGGGUCAUGCAGUUCACGAACAAGCGUCUGCCAAGCAUCAUCACCAUCAUUCUCAUCAUCACGACCAACAUUCUCAUCAUCACGAGACCGACGCUGCCAAGGUACAGCUGGAACUGCAUCCGAUCUCCCCGGCAGAACUGGCGCAGUUUGAAGCUGUUGUGUUUGCCCACUUGAACGCAUUAUCUCAACGUGGUGUCCCAACCUCCUAAGAUAAUGGUAUAUAUAUAUAUAUAUAUAUA